CAACACUGCGUUUGAGCUGAACCCAGGUAGCGCGCCGCAGCUGCGCAAGAAAAGCUCUGAUGGCAGCCUCAACACGUCGCUGUCGAGCGUCCUCUCCUGCAAGCUCCGUGAAGGCUACGCCCUGCGAAGCAUCUCCACCGCCAAAGGAGAACUGGAAAUCAAGCUGGUGCUUCCGUGGAAGUUCGAUGUUAAUAUCGAGUAUGUCGUCAUGGUUCCGUGGCAGUCUUCAAGCAAGAAUCGGGAUUCGCCGGGGAGCGGCUCGCAGCCCAAGCAGCGGGCUGGCUGCAAGUUCGAGGUGUGCGUGGAGGCCAGCUACGACUUCCUUCACGACGUCACGUGCGAGUACUUCAAGCCCAACAAGACUCGUAGCCCCUUUCGCCUCAUGGUGGCCCAGCAGUACUGGAAUGCACUCAAGAACAUCUCGAGCACGGACCAGCUUCUGGUGCACCUUCACUCGUUCAACCAGAACCCGGUGUAUUACUCGGUGCCCGAGAGCUUCCGCAAUGGUGUUCCAGUCUUUGUGAUGCCUCCCAACGCCUCUGGACAUCCGGUCCUCUCCUCCAAUGUGAAGAACAACAGUGCAUAUGCACCUUUCGUGACCUUCUGGAAACCAGUGUGCAUGUUGGACAUCAGCAUCUGGCAGCGUUGGAUGCACAUGCACCGCGUGGGCAUGCUUCUGGAGCACGACCUGCCGCUGCCCAAGCACCUGCAGCAGCCCAACAGCAGCGGCCGCUACGACUCUGUCCAAUGUCGCCAGGCCCUGCACCGCCUGUUGGCCCUACUCCGGGAUCGCUCCAGCUUUGUGCUGGCCGACGGACACUCCUACGUCACCUUCCUCGGGGAAAGUGACAAGCCACCGGUGUCUUUCUAUGUGACUCGUGUGACCUACAAGGCGCCCUGUGUGGUGAUCCGAUUUGCCUUUCUGGGUGGAACACCAGGCGAGCAGCGCAAUGCCAUUGUGAAGGACCUGACUCAGCAGAUCCUGAGCCUAGAGCUGAGCAAACGUGUUGCCAAGGACGCACACUCGGAUGGCGGCCUCUGCAUUCGACCUCCCGGGCCACGAACCUACCGCAAGGCCAGUUGCUGCAUCCUCUUCCGCAAGCCCCUCGAAAGAAUCCUCAUCAGGCACGAGAAGAUGCCGAAGGACAUUCUCAGCCCCAUCGUGGCGCUCAUGGACGUGACGUUGGCGCACCCACUUCUGCACACGACUCCGCACCUGCACCGGCAUUCGAGCAGCGGGGCCAGCGGCUCUUCGGCGCGCAAGGGAAACGGCAUCACCACCGUGGUGGACCCGACCGGCCAACUGAGCCGGUACCUUCACCACAGGCGAUGGAUCUGGACGGUGCAGCGGCUGCCCAGUGUACCCCUUCCCCUGCACGCCAUCACCCGCAUCCUCAAGACUCUGGCAAAGAUGCGCCUGGAAGAAGGCUUUCAUUUUGCUCACUCAAGCUCGGGCAUCUUGAACAUGGCCCUGGAGAUUGAAAUGAAGAAUACGGUGACUGGGGGCUCCUCCGAAGCCUCCCUGCUACCCUGCGUGGUGCAGUACAUGCUGUUUCCUCCUCACUCAAACACCACGAUUCGGGAGAGCCUCUCGGAUGACGAGGACAACGAGAUGGAGACGGCUGAGGCAGACGGCGAGCUGCAGUUGGUCACCGAGUGCUGGGUAGAACCGCAGUGUGGCGUCGUGGUCAACUGCCCCGUCUCCAGCUCCUACCUGGACGGAAAGCAGUACACCGAGAUCCCAAAAGCCCUCUUUGAAAUGGAUUUCGAGUGCCUCUCGUCUCUCAUCACGCUGGAGCAUCUGAACCUGAGAUGCCUCAAGCCAGAGCUGGCUCACCCGGUGAGCGCACAAUCCCAGUGUCCACCGCCACCGACGCCGCCGGUCACGCCUGCCCUGGCUGGAGUUCAGCCAUCAUUUGUGUCGCGGUCCACGCCUGACAUCACACUGGCACAGAACAUGCCCUUGCUCCAACCGGUGGCACCAGAGCCUGCAGUGAGCGUGGUGCCGUUUCCAUUCAGCAUCAUGAAGCUGCUCUCCAAGUGCCAGCAGACCGAGAUCCUCUUCUCCACCUUCAUCCAAGAGCUGAGGCCUCUCGACGUUGAUGGUGGGAAAAAUCACCCCGUGGACUGUGAGGGGCGUCCGCGCCCUCAGCCCAACGACCUUCUGUACGAGCAGCUGUUGGGCAACCUCCAAGCGAUACAUGACCGUGAGGUGUCACUUGGCCCUGAGGAGCAGGCACUGCUGCCAAACGAGAUCCACAACCGGCCACGUGACCAGCAUGCCUAUCCCGUGCCAUUUGCUGUGCCCCCUGUGCAGGCGACUCCUGUUGCUUGGCGUUGCUUUGUGGCCAGUUUCUCCAGUGCCAACAGCACUGCUGGAAGCAGCAACUCUACCACUCCCAAUUCUCACGUGGUUCUCACCUUCAUUCCUGCCACGUUUGAAAACCUGCAGCACCUCAUGAGGCGCCCGGAGGACGAAGUCGCUUCCCCCGAGGCUCCUCCCACUCAUGGCACUCGCAGUAGUGUGUCCAAGGACUAUGCUGUGUUGCAGACCGAGUCGUCGUCUGAGCCAGCCGCCACCAGCAGUUUUGACCGCGAAGCUCCCACGUCGUCUGCCGCGGAGGAUCCCGCCGCCGGUGAAGUGUGCGACUCGUACGACGCGACGGAAUCUCGCGCUUUUCGACAGCUGACGAGUUCGCACUCCGACCCGGCGCUGUCUUCACAUGGAGCCGAGAAGCACGAGUCGUUGCCACGACAACGAUCGGCCGACUUGCCAGACUUCAACAGCCGGAGUCGACGCAGGACCUCGACACCAUGCCCAGAAGACGCGAGGGACGAAGACGGCAGCACGUCUCCCAAAUCGCAGGAGGCCGAAGGGCCCGCUCGGCGCAUGGUGUCCGUGAGUCUUCCGGUGUACGUCUAUGAUGCACCGGUGUCGGCCGUGAUUGGCCGGUUGGUGUACCAAGGUGGUGUGAGGCAGUGGAAGGACACGUAUCUUGACUUGACCACACGGUCGGAAGAGAAUACGCGGGCUGGAUCCGAACCCAGUUGGGUGGAGUACAAAGCGGAUGGCUCGGAAGGCUCGCCUUACAAAACCAUGUCGCCAGAGCCCAAGUCGGAUGACUCCGAGCUCGGAAGUGACCGCUUUCCAGCGAGAAAACAUUGUUCGCGCCUACGCAAGGCUUUCUCCAAGAGCUUUGUGUAUGGCGUGUUCAGAGCCCUGUGUGAGGGACUGCCCGUGGACAUGCAAGACGUCUCGACCGUUGUGGAGGACGCUUGCGAGGAGACUGCGCUCACUCUCGACAUUACGGAGUUCAUCCAAGCGAUUUGCGGCCACACUCGUGACUUCCGCAUCAAGUCCACCGUGGAACACUCCCACCGAGCAGGCACAGGGGCUCCUCGACACGACGGCAUCAGCAGCAAUGAGACCAGUUGCGAAGGUGUUUUGGUUCUGCCCGUUGAAGAAGCGGAUACCGCAAUCGGUGCAGACGAAAGUCGGCGCACUUCGAGUGACGGGGUCAGCAGCCUGUUCCCGGUGAACCUGCUGAAACGCCACCACCCGUGCGACGUUGUUCAGCAGCUGCACCUGAGCAUCAAGCAGCGAUUCCAGGAGCUGCUAGAGGAGGUGUUCCAGCGCAUUCCUUCGCACCCAGACUACUACUACUUCUGCCCACCGUGCCAACCACGAACCUUGUGGGGACUGACCGACGGAGCCAGCAGGGCUGUUCCGCACAAUGCCGACGCUAUUGCCGAGGAGGAGGGAGCACUUGACUGGGACGACACUGACACGGACCGAUCUCACAACGUCGAAUUCUCCAUGGAUGCUGAGCCUGUAGCUGACGCUGGCCACUCGGGUGAUGAGAAGGGAGCAGCUGCAGCACUCCUUCCGAAACCAGGCCACACCGUCGCAGCCGAGAUCACCAGCAUAGAGUCCUGCGCUGGGUCGGCGCGAUCGCCCCCUUCACCAGGCGAGGACGAUUCCGGUGACGAGGAUGAAGAGGACGAGGAGGAAGUGAUGGAGACCAUUCGAGAGGCCGAGCCUAUGGUCCCACCCCUGUUUGCCCAUCUGACGUGCUUGGUGACGACCAAAUCGGGCUGCGGGUCAUGCUCGCUGACCUCACUGCCAACCUGCCUUGGGGAAGUGAUCAGCUGUCUUGAUGAGUCUCAGCCCGAAGUGGACCUCGAAAGCAUCAAGAUCCGUCUAGACUUCCUCUGCUUGACGUUGCCCCCGGACGUCGAGAAGCUGGCGCCCGGUGAUGCACGCCUGUCGUCAUCGUCAAUCAUGUUUGAUUCCGAACGACAGCGCCAGGACGAGGACGCGGAAAGCAUCGCCUCUAUUGGCUAUCAGCUAGAGGUUCCGAGGGAUCCACUUCACCACUUGCCUGAAUUUCAGAAUGAAGUCAUCAGUAGGUGCAUUGAAAAGCUGAAGUGGAUGCUGAAGGACGAGAUGGCCUCGGCAGCCCUCAACAGCUUCCCGCUGACAGCGGAGGCGUUGCACAUGGUCGCGGAGCACGUCCGGAGCACCGCGGAGGCACGCACCACCACGCGUUUGCACGCCACUACCGGUGCCCCCGGGUGUCAGGUGCAGAAGGUGCCGCUGCAGUUUGUCUUUGGGCCGGAGCAGAGUUUCGGCAAGUUCCUGCAGGAAUUCAAGCACCUCACACUGCCAGGCUACCAGCUAGAGCAAGUGGAUAAAGAUCACUACUGCAUUGUCUUGGACGACAAAGAUUCCAAGGUGGUGCGGAGGCCCUUUGGGUCGCUCGUACCUCCCCUUGGGCUGAGAAGCAAGGCACUGGAAAUGACGACAGCGUUGCCUCAUGAAAAGGCAGGUGCUGAUGCUGCCGAAAUGAGGGGCUCCCGCCAGAAGUCCAUUGGCCCAGACGCCAAAUUAUCAGAUGAAGACGAGUCUGGGGAUGGAGUAGUGCCACAGACAUCAUUCCGAGCAUGGCGACGGCAAACUGGAAAAAGUGCUCGGACAAAGAGUGCCGAGCGUCGCCUGGAGCGAGCGUCGUCACUGCCGCUGGACUCGCUGGUGACAUCGGAGGAGCCAAAGCCAGAAGUUCGGAUUCCAGGGGCAUCGUGUCCUCUGGAGUUGCUUGACCUGAGGCGGAAGCUUCAGGAGGAAGCCGGAACUCCAGAAGCCGACAGCGCCACGGCCGAUCACAGUGCUGCUCUGUCAUCGGAGACCAUCGUCCAGGAGCAAAAGGCAGCAGAGAACCAGGAACCAGCUGAAGCUCCUGUAGAGCUCGUGGACGAGAGUGGCUCCUCGGAGCAACAAGAUGGAGGUUUCCGGGAUCGCACCGACAGCCUAGCCUCGUCCCUGGGCCAUGGCAUGGCAUUCCGACCGCCACAACACCUGCUAGAAUCGACGCGCUCCACGCCCAAUGCACUCAGUGAGGUUGGCGGACAGAUCAGCAACACCGAGGACGGCUAUGACGGUGACAGCAGCGAAUCGGACAGCGACCGUGACUGGAUGAAUGCGCUGGAGACCCAGCGUUCCCACUUGCCUCCCUUCUGGAUGAUCCUCUGCCCGUUUCUCGACCACGUCGACAUCUUUUUCCACGUUCGGGAGCAGUCGGGUGAGAGUACAGAACUCAGGCAGGGCUUGGUCGUCUUUGAGAGCAUUGUGGCACUGAUUCAGGACACCUGCAAGAUUGUCAACCAGAUCCUGCUGCUUCAGCAUCUCAACAACACACGCAUGUGCAACCGGCUGCUCGUGCCCGAAGCGUCUGAGGAUAUCUGGAACCGAGACUCUGAGAUUGAGCCAAACAGCAGCAUAGCAUCAGUGUAUGACAACGACGGUUCAGGAGAGGGCCACGGUGACUACCUGGAGGCAACUCUCAAGUUCAAGCCAGGUGCCUUUGACUGCAGCAUAGUGUGGUCCACUCACUUCAGUCUCCACCCGCGGCUCAACACGGGAACGGGAACCGGACGCAGUGGCAUCUCUCGAGGUUUGCAGGCCCUGAGAGCUGUCCUGACUGGCUUUUCGGUGAACAACCGCAAGAACAUGUUUGUCUACCAGGAGAACUCGGGCUCCGUCUUCUACCUGCGGCUUCACGAAAUGCCCUGUCAUGGACGACAUGGCCGUGCCGAAGAUGACGUGUCAUUUUCGGGUUCAAGGAGUUCCUCUCUGGUCAGCUUGGUUCAGAAGAAAGCUGCUUGUGAUCAAGAAGAGGAAUUUGACUUCAGACCCCGGUUGAGCUCUGGCCACUCUGACCGGGACCAGUCUCAUGAUACGGUCAGCGUGACGUCGCAUGCCUCGGGCAGCCGCAACAAGCCACAGCAGUGCGUCGUCAUGAACGUACAUGGAAUUGUGCAACCAGGCUUUGCCAUCAAGGAGGAGCUAGUUUCGGUCAUGCAGAAUCGUCUGGACGAUGCGGUCUUGGAAGUCCUCACGACCACCUUGGCACGAAACCCCGCAUGCAAUCUCACCCUUGACGAUGUCCAGUUCAUCCAGAAGCCUCAGAAGGAGCCAACGACGCAACUGUAUUGCACAGUUCAGGCCCAGCUGCUUCCCUAUCUACAGGCACUGAUGGAGUACUUGCGCCAGGACCUGCACACUUUCCUGCCAACACCGAAAUACACUGACCCAAAACCAGAGAACCACUUCAAGCCAUUCGUGGAGCACCCUGCGCAUGCGUUGUGCCACAAGGAUGAAGACGUCUUUCUCUUCAACCGAUUCAUGACCAGGGGCACUCCCAGCAACGGGAUUGCCUGCAUCAUACUGUCCGUGGUGGACGCCCAGGGACGACCAGUGCAGUUCCUGAACAGCCCACUGCCUAAGGUGGGUGCCUUCAGUGGCACCGAACCGCCCACCGAAUAUCAGGAGGUGUCGUUUCUCUCUCGGGAAGAGGUCAGCGACGCCGGUGCUGACGGCACGCCUGGGCCAAUGGCGAUGAUUCGCUUCCAGGUGUGGUGUGUGGGCAAGGACUACCAGGAGCACCUGGUGCAGCGGCUGCAGAGUACAGUGCAGCACGCCUACUGGGACGUCCUGAUGGAGUACCGCCUCCUCACCUGUCCUGUCUUCCAUGAGGCCUACGACGAGGGAGAGCCCGCUUGCUUCAGUGAGCCUCCAACACCUGUGAAAGUGCGCAGGUCAGGUCGUGUCCUUGCAGAACAGGCACGUGACAAGCCCUCCCUGUUCAGCAUGUUUGCAUCCCGGGGCAAGGAGAUGUCCUCUUCUGUGCCCGACGUCUCUGAGAAAGUCAAAUCACCCAAAGAAAAUCCGACCGAGUUCAACUUCUCUGAUUCGCUGUUCGCCGAUGUUGCACCAUCUCUGCCGACUGGCAGUGCCAAGGGCACCGUGCGAUCCAUGGAGGCGGAGUCUGUUGCAUCUGAAACCUGGGCCUCAAGCAGCAGCAAGACACUCAACACCAUGUUUCAGCAUGGGGUCCAUGGGUUUCUGGAAGGCGGAGUCGAAAUCCGUGUGCCCAGCUUGGUCGUGCACCGCUGCACUGUCAAGGCCCGACGGGCCGUCCCGCUGAUCCUGAAGGAGUUCCAGAACGGCCUCAAGAACCUGGCACCCGAAAUUGCGCUCGUAAUGUUCACGGAGGAGAGCACGAGACGCCCCAGCCGGCCCACAGAAUUCGUCCACUUCAACCCGCUCGUUAAGCAUUCCAUGUUUCCAGAGAAGUACGUUGAAACUGCUGUUCCUGGCAGCCAGCGAUGCUUUAUUGUCGUCGGUCGGGACAUGGCCCAGUGGAAGGCAUUCAUGGGGAUCUCAAGCCUGUCAGCAUACAUCGAGAGCAACCGGGCAACUAAGGGCCACAAGUCCACUCAGCUUUUUGAGCCACACAUACUGCCAGUAACAACAUCUCUGGAAACGCCGGCCCUGUGCCGAACGCCAAGCACACCAUCGUCGGUGCCACCAACCAUCAUUGCACCUCCAACUACUCUUGCGCUGCCGGAGAAGGCCAAGAAUGCCACUGCGGGGGCCGACGCUGGGGAGGCUCGGCAGCCGGCGUUGAUACCACGGCAGCGGCUGCUUUUCUUGCGAGUCGAGGACAAGUCUUUAACCCUGUACCUGUACAACUGGACGUCGGACCAGGGCCAGGAGCUGUUCAAGUUGCUGGGUCAAUUGGUCGAGUGGCAGGACCUGCGCAACGACUUCUUGCGCAGCAUUGUUGUCCAGAAGAUGGGACUGUUCUUCCACCAACCAUUGAUGAAUGCCACCACUCCGUGUCCGCGACAGCAGCCACAGCAACAGGCAGCGACGGGCCAGCAGCUUCACAGCAUGGCCGUAGCAACCCAGACCCCGGCACCGACGUCCGGCAUGACGAGCAACCUGUGGGCUUUCCUGGACCACAUGAUCUCACGCCACAACCCUCCAAGCCGCCACCAGGAGGCUGCAGCUGCAGCAACCAAGCUCGCGGUGCACAACAUUGUCGGUCAGGUCCUGCGAGGCGUGAAGCCGAAGACGCCCAUGCAGGCAGCCCCGUAUGCAACCUGUGACGACCCUGUGAUUCGACAUGGACGUCAGGUGCAGGACAUGCGAGGGCUACGCAGAAGAGAACUUGUGGAGUUUCAACGCAUCUACGAUGACAAGGGCACCAGUGCCAACCUUCUUGUCAUGGAGAAGAUGCUGACACAGGUGAAGAAAGAAGCCCGCCUGGUCCACUACUGUCUGACACCGCUGCUGUUCAGCCCGACGUGGCGGCUCAAGGUUGCCCAGGUGCGCGACCACACCCUCGAGGCUGCCAUCGCGUCCGGCGUCCCACAAGACUGCCCCGCCGGGCAUGACCAACAACCACCCACAGGCCAGCGCACGCGGCACAGCUCUGGCGGUAGCCAGAAGAGCGUCGGCGGAGACGCGUCCAACGUCGCAGCCUCGCGGAGGAUGCGCCGGUCGAGUGGGGUGCCCUCGGUAACCUCGGGCGGCAGCGGAGGGGCCGGCGGCGGGCAGCAGUUGUCGCCCAAGCAGCACCGGCGCUCCGCCAACGAGGAGACGUGGCACAUGACCGUGUGCAGCCACUACAUCCAGGAGUACAUCCAGUACCUACAGAACCUGGGAUUCAUGGCUAUCCAGACCAAGCACACCGCAUCGCGCAAGUCCAGCGCGAUGUCAGUGCGGAGGCGUGAGUCGGAUUCCAGCAACAAUCGCCAGAGCGUCGGGACGCUCGCUCUCGGAGAGCUGCCCCGUCACUGCCUCUUCCAGUGGCACCUGGGUGGCCUGUACUUCUUUGAGGUGGGCUUCUGCGACCCGUACGUUGCGUGCAACCUGUUUCUCGUCGAACGGCAGCGCCUCCUGCCAUCCGGCACCCAACUCUACAUGUCACAGGUGACAUCUGAGUUCAUCGAGGACAUGGACAAGAUCCGAGUAAACAUGCACAUGCACUCGUUCACCUACGACUACCACCUGCGCACGAUCCACUCGUACAUUUCGGGCCAGCAGCUGCUCUUCAAGCACGGCUAUCACCUGACCAGCUUCUUGGACGACUUUGUCAAGUACUACCAGAAGUCUCCCAACUACGCCCGCAACCUCAUUUAUGCAGGCUCUGUGGUGAUCCCGAGUGUGAACGUGGCACCCAGCCAACUGUACAACUACAUCAUUGGCCAUAACAAGCUGUACGGCAUGAAGGUCAUACGCAUGGUUCCUGUGGUUUGUGACAGCAGCAGCGACUUGGACACAGAGUACGCCCUGGUCGAGAUCUAACGGAAGGUGAGCUAUCGCGAUGCCAACGAUGUGCAGCAGACUGACAGCUUCUUCGUUGGCAUCCUCACCAUCCACGACACGGCGCCGGCAUUCGUCGAACACAACCUACUUGCCCUCGGCUUCUACAUCCUUCUGACUAGCCAGCGCGAGCUCUUUCCCAAGUUUUCGUCGACCACUGGACCCCCCGCAGCAGCACCUCCGGAAAUGCCGACGGCACCGGUGACGGUACUGAGGGCUGCUUCAGGCCCGUCCGCGCACUGGGAGGCACGCCCGGCACAUCGCAGCCCACCAGCGCGGUACCAUCGAGGCGGAGCUCGUGCGUGGUGCCUCCUACCGUGCCGGUGGAGCGCGUGCGAACGCUGACGACUGCCUCAGCAGCUGGUUCUUUCGCCGGAAGACUUGACGAGCAGUGGCGGUACCGGGGCGAUGGCACCCGUCGGCAUUCCUUCCGUGGCGUCGUCAAGUUCGCUGGGAAGCAGCAACGCAGGCGGCACAAGGUCACGAAAGACAUCCUUCCGAGGAAUCUGUGAGGAGGAAGUGGCCUACCUUGGCUAUUACAGCUCCCACGAAACACUCAUGCAAAAGGUAAUGUCUGAGCAGGCGACGGCUGUCACUGACCAUCUGCGCGAAGUGGUGGCGCAGGCUUCGCUCCACUGCCGACGCGACUACCUCUGGAGUGCCUGCUGUGGCGUCACAAGAACUCCGACGACGCCAGCACCACAGUCCGAGAGAACACUUGUCGUGUCUCGCCAACAGGCACGCCCCUCAGUCACCUUUGCCGAGCUCACUGAACUGCUGGGCUACGUGAAGACCGUGCCGCUGGACCAGGUAGACCCGCAACUGGGGCCUCUGCUGUCCUCUCACUUUGGCUGGUACCGGGGCCUGCUACGUGUGCUCAUGCAACGCUACAGUGACUGCCACUGCCUCUUUGUCAGCCCUGACAACAACGUGCACUACCUGGUGGUCACGUCCCCAACCUGUGCAGACUCGUUCAUCCUACUGAUGAUCAACAAUCAGCUCAGCCGUGCCGAUCUGAGCCUGGUGCACCGGGAGACUGCGGAGCAAGAGAAGUCGUCUGCCGAGAAAACCUCCUCGGGAGUGUCCAAUCUGCACAGCCUGAUCGAGGAGCUCGUCACCACGUGCUGCUUCCACGAGUGGGCCGGCCUGCUCACUUGACAGGACGCCAUGGAGGAGUCGGUCCUCCAGAACGCUUUGUCUCUUCCGGGCCACCUCAUGUGAUUUGGUCCGCGAGCAACGUGACUCUGAUGACUCAGCAGAUGUUUCACAUCCUGACAGCGCUCUGCACACCUUGACGUCCAGGUGUCAAUCGGUGCUUCCUUCUGUUGGGGCAGGUUCUGCGAGCGUCCUUCGGUGAAAUCUACAGAUCACUCGGUGAUAAUGACAGGCAUGUAUUACACUGGGCCAUGAAUAUUGUCCAUUGUGACAUUCGUGUCAAUUAGUCAGGCGAGGUAGUGUUGUGCCGAGCAGUAUGUGAAGCUCAACUCGUCUUCAAAUGAUGUGCUUUGUCCUCAGUGACUGUGUCGGUUGUACCAAGUGACAUUUUUUUUAUAGAUCAAGUAAAUGUGUGCUUUAAUUUAUAAUGGAACAAAGCAUGGACAUCACGUCAAACAACGAAGCAAGCAGCAUCUUUGUGCAUCAGAUUCAUCACGCAAUAGAUGGUUUACCUCAUCUUGCCGUUGCCAUGUCAAAAGCCAUGGAGUUCCAGCAGUUGAGACUUCAUGUGCUGUUUACGUGUUAAGGUUGUAGUGAUUUGUAGCUGCUUGCAGGAGCUGUAUCUAUAUGCCAAAUGGUCAUUCGGGCACUGGAUAUUAUCAACAAAGAAGUUCAGUCAGUACUUGUUAAGUUUCCGUUUGAAUCUCGUCAUAUUGUGAAUCGUAGUUCUUUAAGAGAAUGAAUUGUGUUUUCACGGCACCAGAGCCAAUGGAACUAUAGAAUAAUGCCGACACAACGUUAUUCCAGUCAAUGAAACGUUUAUAAGAACUUGCCUUCCACGGUGCUGUUCAAUUGCAGUGUGAUAAGCUGUCGGUUGAAUUCACCCAGUCGCCUGCAACACUCUGGUGGCACU